AUGGAUUCUCAAUAUAUCACCUCGUUAGAGGCAACUUUAAGACAAACAUUGGUGCCUGACUCUUCUGUUAUCAAGCAGGCGUCUUCGAAGCUUAGUAAGGACUUCUACCCUAAUCCUUUAGCACUUCCAUCAUUAUUACAUAUCUUGCAAAAUGCUGAAGAUGAUCAGUUGAAGCAAUUGGCCGCAGUUGAGGCAAGGAAAUUGGUAUUAACUAAAUGGGAAUCUUUGGAUCAGUCAUUAAAACCUACUAUUAGGGAGGGAUUAUUGAAUAGUGCGUUCCAACAACCUUCAAAGCUCAUAAGGCAUUCCUCAGCCAGAGUUGUUGCAACUAUUGGUGAAGUUGAUUUAGGAGAUCCAGAGCGUAACCAGUGGCCGGAAUUAUUACCCACGUUAGUGAAGGGAGUACAAGACCUGAAUCUUCAAACGAGAGAAAUGGCAGUAUACACCUUAUUCACCCUUUUGGAGACUCAAAUUCCAGCAUUGGUUCCACAUGUCGGAGAUCUUUUAACUUUAUUGUCUAGUUUGCUUCAUGACCCAAGCUCUAGGGACAUAAGGGUCAAUGCUGUUUUGUCUUUGGAUGUUCUCUCUCAAUUUAUAGAAGAAGAUGCCACUAUUGAUCAACAAUUGGCAUCCAAAUUCAGAGAAGCAAUCCCAGGAAUGGUUGAAGUUCUCAAGGAGGUGAUCUCCAACGACGAUUCUGAGAGAGCAAAAGAUGUUUUCAAUGUGUUCAAUAGUCUUAUUUUUUUGGAUUCCAAGUUAGUUGGAAAUUAUCUAAUUGACUUGGUGAAGUUUAUCACUGAAAUUGCAGCUAACACUCAACUUGAUGAAGAAUAUAGAACUUUUGCUUUGCAAUUUUUGAUUUCAUGUGUAUCUUUGAGAAAGUCCAAAAUCAUGUCCAGUAAAUUGGGUCCCCAGAUCACAUUGGUAGCUGCGAAGAUUGCGUCGGAGGAAGUUGACAUCGACGAUGAGCUAAAUAAUGAGAAUGAGGAGAACGAAAAUGAAGAAAAUGAACCACCGUCUUUAGCUUUAAGAUUGAUUGCAAUGCUUUCAGCUGAAUUACCACCCUCUCAAGUUAUUAAUCCGUUAUUUGAGAACUUGAAUGCCAUGCUUUCUUCAUCAAACACAUUUGAAAGAAGGGCAGGGUUAUUGUGCAUUGGAGUAGCUUCUAGUGGUGCUCCUGACUACUACUCUACUCAAAUCAACAAAUUAAUACCUGUUUUGGUCAAUGGAUUGAAAGACCCUGAAAUCAUCGUCAGAGUGGCAGCUCUAAGGUCGUUAUCACAGUUGACAUCUGAAUUACAAGAUGUUGUUGCUGAAUACUACCAGGAGCUUUUGCCUUUAGUAAUUGAUAUAAUUGAUUCCGCAACCUCCGUUAUGGCUUACAAAUAUGCCUGCUUUGCUUUAGAUGGUUUGAUUGAAUUCAUGUCUCAUGAUGCAAUUGGGCAAUACGUGGAACCUUUAAUGAAUAAGCUAUCUCAUAUGUUACAACAAGCUAAUUCUUCAUCUUUGAAAUCUGCAAUUGUAUCAGCCAUUGGAUCAACUGCGUAUGCAGCUGGUAAGGCUUUUACUCCGUAUUUCAAUGAUUCUGUUAAACUAUUAGAACCAUUUGUAGCAAAUGCUGCCAAUACAGAGGGUAUGUCUGAAGAAGACAUCGAAUUAAGGGCUUUGACUUUUGAGAAUAUCUCAACAAUGGCAAGAGCUGUUGGUUCUGAAGCCUUUUCCGCUUAUGCAAAGCCUCUAGUGGAAGCUGCUUACACUUCUUUAGGUUCUGAACAUUCCAGAGUCAGAGAAUCUGGAUUUGCUUUCAUUUCUAAUAUGGCGAAAGUCUAUGGACCGGAAUUUGCUGGCUUUUUAGACCAAAUCGUGCCUCAAAUUUUGAAGUGCUUGGAACAAGAAGAGUUUACGUUCAAUCUAGAUGGAGAUGACGAAGAAUUUGAGCUUGAUGAAAAUGACGAAAAUCUAGAGAACAAAUUCAAUGUUCAUACUGGUAUCACAAUCGAAAAAGAAAUUGCAUCUGUUGCGUUAUCUGAGUUAGCACUUGGUACUGGCAAAGAGUUCAAUAAAUAUGUCGAGCCGUCGAUCACCGUUUUGAUUGAUCAAAUUGAUAACUCCUAUGGAAUGAGAGAAGCAUCUAUGAAUGCUUUAUGGAAGAUUGUUAGAGCAGUGUUUAAGGCCAAUUAUGGAGAAGACUUCAAGUAUCCAAAAGGUGUUCCCCAACAAUCUUAUGUGGAUGCCUCAAUUUUGCAGCUUAUCCAAAAAGUGAGAGAAAUCACAAUCUCUAACUUGGAGGAGGAGUUCGAGUUGACUAUGGUGGCAUGUAUCUUAGAUAAUAUAGCUGAAGCAAUUUUUGCAUUUGGUCCUAUAGCUGUGAUGAACAAUUCAACGAGUACCGAGUCCUUGGAAAAGCUUUGUGUUCAACUUAUGCAACUCUUAAAAAAUGAACAUCCCUGUCAAGCUGAAGAUGAAGAAGGUCCAGCCGACGAAGAAGAUUCAUCUGAAACUGAAGCCUUGUUAUUUGAGUCUGCCUUCGAAGUAUUGGUUAAUUUAGCUAACGCACUAGCCGGUGACUUCAAUAGGAUAUUUGCAUCAUUUAAAGAUACAAUCAUUAGUAAUGUUAAAAGCAAAUCCAAGAAUAAACGUGUUAGUUCAACGGGAGCUUUGGCUGAAAUUGCAUCAGGUCUUAAAGAAACUAAUCCAUAUGGAGAGGAAUUAUUGAAAGUAUUUACAGAGAGACUUGCCAACGAUAAAUCUUUAGAGGUUAAGGGCAAUUCUGCUUAUGGUGCAGGUAUAGUUAUAGAGUAUGCUACUUCAGAUAUGACGUCCGCAUAUCCUACUCUUUUACAGCUUUUGUUUCAAUUACUUAGCCAGACUGACAAGAGGGCAGGCAAUGCCGAUGAAGAGGAAAGUAAAGAUGUUGUGAACAGAUCCUUUGCCAACGCUUGUGGUUGCAUUGCGAGAUUGGCUUUAAAGCACGAAAAUGCUGUUCCUCUUGGACAUGUCAUACAACCUUUCUUGGACCAUUUGCCGUUAGAAACUGGGUUCGAAGAAAAUACUCCAAUUUUCACCCUUAUCAUUAAGUUGUACGAGUCAAACAAUGAGCUUAUAAUCAACCAAACUCAAAAGGUGGUAGAAAUAUUUGCGCAGGUCUUUGUUAAAGAGGCCGAGAGAAUCAAAUUGGUGAACGAAGCGACAUUAGGAAGAGAAGAGAACAUCGACAGGUUAAAGCAAUUCCAAAAUGACGGCAUCAAGCAAAAAGUGAUUGAGUUAUUGAAGUAUUUGGACACACAGUACGCAGGAAUUGUUUCCUCAAACGAUGUCUUGAAGUCUGUGAUUUCCUAG